UGUACGUUUUUGAUGCACCACUUUUAGGCCUUAACAGACAAACAGUUUCUCUGCCUUCCCUCCUACUCCACUUGUCAUUCACUCUCUCCUACCAUCACCAGUCCAUGCAUUAUGGCAGAUGUUGCUCUUCCACCCUCCCGACACAAAUUAGUCGGGCAGCCUCUCCUCUAUGCCAUUUCCGUGUUCGCUAGUUUGGGUGUUUUCCUGUUCGGAUAUGACCAGGGCGUCAUGUCAGGCAUUAUCACUGGACCCUAUUUCAAACAGUACUUCAACUCGCCUGGUCCGAUUGAAGUUGGUACUAUGGUUGCAGUCCUUGAGCUUGGGGCACUCGCCACGUCGAUUGCUGCUGGUCGCGUCGGGGAUAUAAUUGGCCGGAAGGGGACCCUCUUCACUGGGGCUCUCGUGUUUACUAUUGGCGGUGCUGUUCAGACAUUCACCACAGGGUACUACGUCAUGAUCAUUGGUCGAGUGAUCAGCGGCUGUGGAGUCGGGCUCUUGUCUACGAUCGUUCCUAUAUAUCAAAGCGAAAUUUCUCCGCCCAAUCAUAGAGGCGCGCUUGCGUGCAUGGAAUUUUCCUGUAAUGUUUUCGGCUAUGCAAGUUCUGUUUGGGCGGAUUAUUUUUGCUCUUUCAUCGAAUCCGAUCUUUCUUGGCGCAUACCCCUUUUUCUGCAGUGUGUCAUUGGAAGCAUCCUUGCCGCGGGAGCCCUGAUUAUGCCCGAGAGCCCUCGGUGGUUGAUUGACACCGACCAAGAUGUUGCUGGGAUGAGCGUCAUCGUGGAUCUGCAUGGAGGAGAUCCUAAUAACAUUAUCGCUCAAGCUGAAUUCCAAGAAAUCAAGGACAAAGUCAUUUACGAGCGCGAACUUGGUGAAGGACGCUCGUAUGCUGUAAUGUGGAGGAAGUAUAAGCGACGCGUGUUGCUUGCCAUGUCUUCCCAGGCAUUCGCUCAGCUGAAUGGAAUCAACGUGAUUAGUUACUACGCUCCAUCUGUUUUCGAAGAGGCCGGGUGGCUUGGCCGCGAUGCUGUGCUGAUGACCGGUAUCAACGCUAUCAUUUACGUCUUGAGCACUUUACCCCCCUGGUAUCUCGUAGACCGUUGGGGUCGCCGCGUCAUCUUGCUCUCUGGUGCCGUAAUCAUGGGCGUCGCCCUGGGCUUCACUGGCUGGUGGAUGUACAUUGACGUACCAGCUACUCCCAAUGCUGUGGUGGUUUGUGUUAUCAUCUUCAAUGCUGCAUUUGGCUACAGUUGGGGCCCUAUUCCAUGGCUCUAUCCCCCCGAGAUCAUACCCCUCGCAUUCCGUUCCAAAGGUGUAUCUAUAUCCACUGCGACCAAUUGGGCAUUCAAUUUUAUUGUCGGAGAGACGACCCCGUACCUGCAAGCAGUCAUUACAUGGAGAUUAUACCCUAUGCAUGGGUUCUAUUGUGCAUGUAGUUUCAUUCUCGUUUAUUUCUUAUAUCCAGAGACUAAAGGUGUUCCUCUCGAGGAGAUGGAUGCUGUGUUUGGUGAAGAGGAGAGGCUGGAUUAUGAGUCCGAGCGGGCAUCCCUGAUGUCCAAUACCCGCAGCCCUUCGGUACGGUCUGGCUCUCGACCCAAGGCCGCCACAGACCGUGGCUGGGUUAGCCGGCUAAUCUAUCGUGACGACAGGAGCACAUACCAGCCCAUUGGUGAGGGUGAUGAAUAGGAACUCGCGAGGAUUGAAGGCGGCCACGUGAAGGCGCACGAAGAAGAUUUUCAUGACGCGAGGGAGCAGCUCUCGCCCUCCUCUUCUUCCCUCGUCCCCUAAUGCUGCUGCGGUUACUAAUGGAAGUGAUAUUUAAUUGCGAGACAGUAUGCUAGUGUCGCUUGCGGCAUGCUACUUGCAUUUAUCACCAGCAGUUGCGCCUUUCAAUCCUCAUGAUACGCUACGUACUGGCUCACAAUUACGACUUCACUUCGUUGACACCAUUUAUGUAUCUUACUGUUCAUCAUUGAUAUUGUACUUCCAACCACAAUAUGAUUUUAUGCUUCCGUUGCUUUA